GCCAGAUGCCAGUCUUUUUGAAGAGGGUCAGUCCCCAGUUUGUCUUGGUACUAGGCAUCAUGCAGACCCAAGAACGAGCAUAGAAACCAUUCGGGACCGGACAGGUCACCCCCAUUCAUAACAAACUCCAUAAACUUCAUCCAAACCAUCAAGAUCACUGGUCUCGACAACAAUAAGAAAAUCACACCAAACAACUUGCAAUGCUGUCACAUGCUGACAUGGUCAAAGAAAGGAAGCAGCAAGCAUCCGACAUCAUGAAGGAAAUCCAGAGAAAUGAAUCACCUGGAAUGGAUCUUGGAAAAAAGGUUAGCAUUCCCAGAGACAUCAUGCUGGAAGAACUGUCACUGCUUAGUAACAGAGGAGCAAGGCUGUUCAAGAUGCGGCAAAGGAGGUCUGACAAGUACACAUAUGAAAACCUUCAUUUUUUAACCAGCAAACCAAGAAAUCGCAGUGAGAUCAUACAGUGUGUUCAACUGGAUACUAGUGGAAUGGGAGCUGACCAGCAGCAUCCACCAGUAACACCUCCCAAUACACCUGAUCCACGCAGCCCACCAAAUCCUGAAACCAUUGCCCCAGGAUAUUCUGGGCCAUUGAAGACAAUCCCGCCUGAGAAGUUCAACACUACAUCUGUGCCAAAGUACUAUCGAUCACCUUGGAUAGAAGCUAUUAGCAAUGAUCCUGAGCUAUUGGAGGCUUUAUAUCCUAAAUUGUUUAAGCCAGAAGCAAGGCCAGAGCUGCCUGACUUUAAGAGUUUUAACAGAGUUGCUACUCCUUUUGGUGGCUUUGAGAGAGCAUCGAAACUGGUUAAGUUCAAGGUUCCAGAUUUCAACUUUCUGCUGCUAAAUGACCCUCGAUUCAUGGUCCUUGCCAAUCCUCUUUGUACCCGGAGGAGCUUCAACAGGACUCCUAAAGGAUGGACCUCUGAGAAUAUUCCCAUAAUGAUAACUAUACAGCCGUCAGAGGUCAAUGGUGUUCCAGAAACAGAUGAUCUGUGAAAAGAAUGGAAUAUGCAUUACACAUCCCUGUCAACAUGGUAGCAUUUUGAUCUCUAAAUACUAAUUCUGUUUCAACAUGUGGUCCUAUGUAGUGAAAAUGUAAUAACACCAGAAGCAAUAAUUGUUUUUUGGUGUUAAAUUUCUUCUGCAGAUAUAACACAAAUAAAACAACAUGGCCAUUACUCUUUGAA